AUGGCUUUGCCUGGAAACUUACGGAGGCAGCCUGCAAACAGAGGCCUUGUGUCCCACUGCACCCACCAUCAUAUUGUUGUGUUCCUGCUGACCUUCUUCAGUUAUUCACUGCUCCAUGCUUCCAGAAAGACAUUCAGUAAUGUCAAAGUCAGCAUUUCCAGCCAGUGGACUCCUUCCUGCCUGAACAGUACAGCUCCUGAGCUCCAGCCAUACGAGCUCUGGAACAGCAGCCAUUUAUUUCCAAAUGCAGAAGAAGCAACACUCUUCCUGGGGACACUGGACACUAUCUUUUUGUUUUCCUAUGCUGUGGGUCUCUUUGUCAGUGGCAUAGUUGGGGAUCGCCUGAAUUUACGCUGGGUUCUGUCUUUUGGCAUGUGUUCCUCUGCUCUGGUGGUAUUCAUCUUUGGCACACUCACAGAAUGGUUACAUUUCUACAACAAGUGGUUGUACUGCUCUCUCUGGGUUGUGAAUGGCUUACUUCAGUCCACUGGUUGGCCCUGUGUGGUUGCUGUCAUGGGCAAUUGGUUUGGAAAAGCUGGGAGGGGGUUUGUGUUUGGACUCUGGAGUGCCUGUGCAUCUGUGGGAAAUAUCCUCGGGGCAUUCCUUGCUUCCUGUGUUCUUAAAUACGGCUAUGAGUAUGCUUUCUUGGUGACUGCCUCAGUACAGUUUGCUGGAGGAGUCAUUGUGUUCUUUGGGCUCCUGACAUCACCGAAGGAAGUGGGCCUCCCAGAACUUGGAGCAGAUGAAGAUGACAGGAUGGAGGAAGAUGCCAACAGACCAUUAAUGGGCGAUGAUGAUGCAGAUGAUGAUGAGCGGAAUUACUCAAUUCAAGCAACUGACACAGACAACCAGCCCAAGGCCAUUGGCUUUUUCCAGGCUUGUUGCCUUCCAGGUGUAGUACUGUACUCUUUAGCCUAUGCCUGCUUGAAAAUGGUGAAUUACUCAUUCUUCUUCUGGCUGCCCUUCUACCUCAGCAACAACUUUAGAUGGAAAGAAGCAGAAGCUGACCAGCUCUCAAUCUGGUAUGAUGUAGGAGGAAUCAUAGGUGGGACUAUCCAGGGCUUGAUUUCUGAUGUGCUGCAGAAGAGAGCCCCAGUGCUAGCAAUUAGCCUGCUCUUUGCUGUAGGCUCUCUCUUUGGAUACAGCCGUUCUCCUAACAGCAAACCAAUCAAUGCUGUGAUCAUGGCCAUUACAGGAUUUUUCAUUGGAGGGCCUUCUAACAUGAUCAGUUCUGCAAUUUCUGCUGACCUGGGGCGGCAGGAUCUGGUGAAAGGCAGCAGUGAGGCUUUGGCAACAGUUACAGGAAUUGUGGAUGGAACAGGCAGUAUUGGUGCUGCAGUGGGCCAGUAUCUAGUGUCUUUGAUCCAGGAGAACCUGAGAUGGAUGUGGGUUUUCUAUUUCUUUAUUCUAAUGACGAGCUCCACGGUCCUGUUCAUUUCACCAUUAAUAGUGAAGGAGAUCAAACUGCUGCUGCAUGAGCGGCGCCUGCAAAGGCUGGCAGAGUGACUUCUGCUUGCCUCUGGGAGGACUGUUGUGCAGACCUUUCAGCUGGGGCACUCUGGGAGACUUGUUUUAUACAUCCUCCAGGUUUGGACUAAUUCGAAAUGGGUCAGCAAGACUUGAUUGGCCUGCCUUUGUAAAGCUCAAUAUUGAAGUACCAAAUACCCAUCCUGAGACCACUUGCAUCAUGGAGCUGCUGA